AUCAACACAGAGAGAGUCAGUGCGACAAGAACCGGCGCCAAAGUAGCAGCUAAAAUUGUGAACGAGUGAAAUCUGACAGUGGGGGCUCAGAGGUCACCUUGGGGAUCAAGAAUUCAGGCAGAAAAACCUGCAUCCAAGGCGUUUUUUCAGCAGGAAAACCCCGGAAAGGCAUCCAAAUUACCUGUUUUUUUUCCGACUUCCUCGAUUUUUUAUCGGUUUUAUUAACCUCCGGACAUCUGUUCUCCAUAAAUCGCUGAGGAUAGUGUCUCAAUUGUGGGCCAAAAUGGGGCGUCAAGACGUUCUAAGCCUGGCCAUUUCGCAUGGAGAGAAUAAACAGGAUACCCUGUUUAGGCUCAAAAGAGGCGCCAUCCUGCACAUUGUUCCUGGAUCAAAUCUCCUGGGAAGACACAUUGCUCUCUACUGCAACUAUCCUCAAAAGGAUUCACUGAGCUUUGAUAGAAAGAAUUAUGCAGCCUUAGUUUGGCAUUCAAGUUCCGGCCAGAAGCUGACUGAUGCGACUCAUCCAUAUGUAGAAGUUAAUGAUUUAGAUAUCUACUGCGAAAUUACAGCUAAUCGAUCAGGAGCCUUUCACUUCUACUUCACUUUCAGAGAAAGUCCAGACGUAAAAGAAAAUUCUUUGUAUGUUCAAGUGGAGCCAAAAAUCCAUGUUGGAAAAAAGGGUUCUGAGCGAGAGAUCCCUCUGGACUCCAUCCGAUGUCAAACUGUGAUGGCUAAGUGUCUGGGACACUUGGAGACAUGGGAGAGUAAACUCAGAGUUACUUACGAGAGUGGUUACAAUCUCCUUCACUUCACUCCUAUCCAGAAGCUAGGAAAUUCACGCUCAGGAUACUCUCUGUCUGAUCAACUGACCGUGAACCCAGACUUUGGGCCUGGGGCUAAUUUUGAUAAGGUCGCUAAGGUUGUGAAGAAGUGUCGAGAAGAAUGGGGAAUGGCUUCGAUUUGUGAUAUCGUCCUCAAUCAUACAGCCAAUGAAUCUUCUUGGCUUAAGGUUCAUCCUGAGACUACUUAUUCUUGUAUGACCUGUCCUCAUCUUAGACCAGCCUUUCUCUUGGAUGCGGUCCUUGCGAUAGCGUCUGCUGACACAGCAGCUGGUCUGCUGGAAACUUUUGGUGUUCCGACUGAAAUUGACAGGGAAGAUCAUAUCAAUGCUCUUCGUCAUCAACUUCACUCGAACUAUCUGCCCAAGGCUCGAAUUCAUGAACUCUACCAAUGCAACAUUGAAGAGUAUGUGAAGAAGUUCAGCGAAGAGAUGCGUAAAAGACCACCUCCGAAAGCCACUAUAUCAGACGUUAAGCCUAAGGAAACGAUAGUUUUGAAACAGGAUCUAGCUUACAAACGCUUAGCUUGCACUAUUGAUUUCGAGACUGCAUUUGAGCUCUUCAAUGUUUUCAGGAAUGACUGUUUUGACGAAGACACUAGGCUAAGGAAGUGCGCAGAAGAUUUCAGACGUCAUUUAGAAGAACUGAAUGAAAUCGUUCGUCGAGAGAUAGCUGAACAUUUACGUUCUGCCGUUGAGAAUUGCCUCUCCGGUCUACGAUACGAGAGAAUUCAGGACGAUGGACCUAUGAUCCGGGAGGUCAGCGACAAACAUCCCCUGUUUUGCCGAUACUUCACAGACGGAGGAGUCAAAUGCAAGACGAUUGAAGAUAUCGAAGCACUGAUGUAUGGUGAUUCGGCAAAGUUUCUAAUGGCUCACAACGGAUGGGUUAUGAAUGGCGAUCCCCUGCAGGACUUCGCUAGACCCCAGCCAACCACUGCGAAUGUGUACAUUCGGAGGGAGUUGAUAGCUUGGGGUGAUAGCGUUAAGCUCAAGUACGGGGAUAAGCCUGAAGACUGUCCGUAUCUCUGGGAUCACAUGAAGAAAUAUGUAGAAGUGACAGCAAAGGUCUUUGAUGGCGUUCGUCUGGAUAAUUGUCAUUCGACACCUCUGCAUGUUGCAGAGUACCUCUUGGACGCAGCCCGAAAGAUCAAUCCGGAACUCUACGUUGUUGCCGAACUCUUCACAAAUUCAGAUAACACAGACAAUAUCUUCGUUAAUCGCUUAGGCAUCACUUCAUUGAUCCGAGAGGCUCUGUCAGCAUGGGACUCUCACGAAGAAGGGAGGCUUGUUUACCGUUUCGGAGGAGCUCCUGUUGGGGCUUUCUUCAGUUCGCCAAAGAGACUCCUGGCACCCUGCAUUGCUCAUGCUCUUUUCCUAGACCUUACCCAUGACAAUCCUUCUCCUAUUCAAAAGCGUUCGGUAUUCGACUUGCUUCCUUCUGCAGCUUUGGUUUCCAUGGCUUGCUGUGCUACUGGAAGUACCAGAGGUUACGAUGAACUCGUUCCACAUCAUAUUCACGUAGUUGACGAAGAGCGAGAGUAUCAGGAAUGGGGUAAGGCUGUUGAUGCAGAAACUGGAAUUGUUGCUGCGAAGAAAGCUCUGAAUCUUCUACACGGAGAGCUUGCAGAGAAAGGAUUCAGUGAAGUCUUUGUUGAUCAAAUGGACUACAACAUUGUCGCUGUGACACGAAGCUGCCCAGCAACCAGAGAGAGUGUGAUCUUGGUAGCUCACACGAGUUUUAGUUACCCAGACCCAUACAGCGGUCCCACGAACGUUAGACCGCUGAGGUUCGAGGGACACUUGGAGGAGAUCAUAUUGGAAGCAGGACUAGCUCAUCAGUCUUCAAAGCCCUAUGAUCGUCCCUAUCUUUAUGAAAAAGACAAGAAGUACAUCAACGGGCUAACGGAGUAUCGACUCAAGAUCAUGGAGCAUAUACCUCUGUCAAAGUCUUCAAUCUUCAGCCAAAAUAUGGUAAAAGAUGGCAAUAUCACCCAACUUGACUUUAAAAAUCUAACGCCAGGAUCAGUUGUUGCUGUUCGAGUGUCUCUUCAUGAGCACACUCGUCCUCAUUUUGCCAAAGUCCAGAGUCUUGUUGACACGUUCCAUUUGGAAAAGGGUGAGAUCUACAGUGAGCUGCAGAAGAUCGUAUCCAGCUUGAAUCUUAUUGAUCUCAAUCGGGCUCUGUACCGUUGCGAUGAAGAAGAGAAGGACAUGGGCUGUGGAUCAGGGAGCUACGACAUUCCUGGCUUUGGACGAAUGGUUUACUGUGGUACUCAAGGUUUUGCAUCGCUCCUGAGUCAGAUUGCUCCCAACAAUGACCUGGGACAUCCAUUUUGUGACAAUCUACGGCGUGGGGACUGGAUGAUGGACUACAUCCGGGAUAGGCUUUCUCGAUGGAAAGGAACUGAGUCUCUGUCUAAAUGGUGGGAUAAGAAUACAGAGUCCCUAAGGGAAAUGCCUCGAUAUCUUGUACCAAGUUACUUUGAUGUUGUUCUCACUGGAAUGCAUACCCUUCUUAGAUCCCAGAGUGUUACUUUGAUGUCAGAUUUCGUCCGUAAAGGCAGUUCUUUCGUCCAAGCUCUGGCUAUGGGUUCAGUUCAAUGUGUUGCUGAAUGUCCAUCGGCAAAUCUUCCAGCACUGAGUCCGGCAACAAAAGCCCCUAAACCACCCAGUCAGUGCGCUACAAUGUCCGCUGGUCUACCCCACUUCUCAACAGGAUACAUGAGAUGCUGGGGCAGGGACACUUUCAUCUCCCUCCGAGGUCUUUUGAUCCUUACUGGAAGAUACGAUGAGGCGCGUUUUAUGAUUUUAGGAUUCGGAUCUUGCUUGAGACAUGGACUGAUUCCCAAUCUUCUGGACGGCGGGUACAAAGCAAGAUUCAACUGCCGAGAUGCUGUUUGGUGGUGGCUCUUCUCCAUCAAAUACUACGUGGAAGAAGUUCCCAAUGGGGUAGAGAUUUUGACAGAGAAGGUUUCUAGAAUAUUCCCAACAGAUGACAGUGAAGCACGGAAGGCCGGAGAAUGUGAUCAGUUCCUCCAUGAUGUGAUCCAGGAAGCACUCACCAUUCACUUCCAGGGAUUGGUUUAUCGGGAAAGGAAUGCUGGUCCCGCUAUCGAUGCGCAUAUGACAGAGAAAGGAUUCAACAACCAAAUAGGAAUCCAUCCGGAUACAGGAUUUGUUUUUGGAGGCAAUGACGCCAAUUGCGGAACGUGGAUGGAUAAAAUGGGAUCGUCGGAAAAGGCGAGGAACAGGGGAGUUCCAAGUACUCCUCGGGAUGGGUCAGCUGUUGAACUGGUUGGUCUUCAAAUGGCGGCACUGAGGUUCCUGCAGAAGGUCAGUGCUGAUGGAAAGUUCCCCCAUAAAGCUGUAGAAAGGACAUCCAAGAAUGGAACAAAAACAUCCUGGACUUACAAAGAAUGGGCCGAUAAGAUAAAGAGUUCUUUUGAGAAGAAUUUCUUCGUGGGACAAGGGGAUAUUCCUCUGGCUAACAAGAGAGGGAUUUACAAGGAUUCAUGUGGAGCAACUCAAGCUUGGCAGGACUUCCAACUCCGUCCAAACUUUCCGAUCGCUAUGGUUGCUGCCCCUGAACUGUUUGAUCCUAAGCACGCUUGGGAAGCCCUAGAACAGGCAAGGAAGUAUCUCCUUGGUCCUUUGGGGAUGAAAACCUUGGAUCCAGAAGAUUGGGGCUAUCGUGGAGACUACAACAAUGCCAAUGAUUCCGAAGAUCCAAGAGUAGCUCAUGGAGCCAAUUACCAUCAAGGACCUGAAUGGCUCUGGCCUAUUGGAUUCUACCUGAGAGCUCGUUUGAUCUUUGCUCCCUUGAAUAACUGCCUGAAGGAAACUGUGGCUGAAACUUGGGCAAUCCUGACAGCUCAUUUGAAGGAACUUAGAAGUUCUCCUUGGCGAGGCCUACCCGAACUGACCAAUUCCAAUGGUAGUUACUGUGGAGAUUCCUGCCGAACUCAAGCCUGGAGCAUGGCAACUGUCCUGGAAGUCCUGUAUGACCUCGAACGUGUCAAAUGUAGUGCAUAGUGUAUCUGUUUUUGAAUAUUUAAAACAUUUUUAUCAGCUUUCAAA